CCAGAACGAGAAGUCCCAUUCCGGUAACAAACGAAACGUCGUUUCUUGACUGUCAGUGACACAUCUGCCGCAACACCGAUUUGCGCCCCACUAUUUGUCCUGCCAAAUUUGUGUUAUUGCCCAGCCAUCAUCAUGUCAUCCAACAGUAAUUAUGAGGAGGAACACACAUCCAAAUUCAUGAGGAAGGCAAAAGAAUCACCAUUUGUGCCUAUAGGUAUGGCUGGGUGCCUUGCAAUUGUUGCAUAUGGACUUUAUAAGCUGAAAUCGCGUGGGGACACAAAGAUGUCUGUUCACCUUAUUCACAUGCGUGUGGGAGCACAAGGAUUUGUGGUGGGAGCAAUGACACUUGGUGUAUUGUACUCCAUGUAUAAAGAGUACCUGGCUCCCAAAGAUCCAGGAAAUGCCAGCAAGUAAACCAAUUACUGCUCAGCAUUGGUGGGACCAGAACCUUUUCCAUGGCUGCUGUUCCUAAUACCUACGGUACCUCUUAAAGAAUGAAUGUAAUGGAUGUGACCGUUUACAGAGAAGACACACAAAGUGGCUCUUGGUGACACCGAAGUCACACAAACAAACACACAGGGUCCAAAAUGAUAUGAAUGGCAACGAAUGGGAAACCCAGAGCACAGUGCAUCUUCCAUGCCACUCAAGUGCUCUGUUACACAAGCUCAAAGGAUUAGAACCUUUAAUUAAUCAAAUUACUUCUGGUGGGCUGACAGGCUUUUGCAGCCUUGUUGUCAUUGUCCAGUGAGGUCUAUGAAAACCAAAUACAGGAACUGUGACAUCCAUUUCAUUCACUCCGUUUCCACAAGAAGCCUCUUUCCGUCAAUCAUGACUGGCUCUUGUCAUGGGGUAAACCUAACAUGCAGAAUAACCACUCCUACCACUGUGUUAACUUUACCUGUUCUGUGUUGCUACUUACCUACUCACUUGCAAUAGAGAAAACUAUAGAGACAACUUGAAAGUUACUGGUAGCCUACAAGUAAAACAGACAAGCACUGACAAGACUUUGAAGCACCAGUUUUAAAACCAGGGAUCAGCAGAUUUUUAAGUAGACUAAUCGAUAUAUUUUUCAUCAUUGACAGAAGACAAAAUGCUUAUUGAACUAGUUCAGACAAAGCCUCCUAUCACACUUCAUCUACACUUCAGUUUGGCCAUUACAUCAAAAGUUUAAUUCAUUCUCAUUUCAAUCUCAAUUGUUUGUGUUCAAUAGUUGAGAAAAAGUCUUACAAUCACACCAGAUACCAAACCAGGACACACAGUCACCUGAAAUUUGAUGGCUUGUAGCAAGUAAGUUGAUGUCUGAUGUCUCCUCAUAUUGAGGGUUUUUUUUUACCAUGUAUUUUGUUUCUAGAAUUGUAUAACUUAAAGAAAGUGUGGUCCACAUAAAAUAUGUACAAAACAAUAAACUGUUUUGUAGAAAUA